GCGAGAACAGGUCAAAGUCAAAGGUUUAAUUACAGUCCUUAACCUGCGACCGACGGUGACCUUUACCGGUAAUCACCACCGGCCUCAGCCGAGAAAAAAAACCCUCUCGAUUCAUCUUGCCACACGAAGCCUAAUCGUGUUUUGAUUCUUCGACUGGGCGCGACUAGAGUGAAACAAAUCCCUUGUUCUGAUUUCAAACGGCGGUGGUUUAAGGCAUAUAUCGGAAUCUAUAUAUGGAACAUAAGAGUGGUUACCAGUAAUCGAGAUGAUUCUAUUGGGAUUUUGGUUUCAUGAUAUGAUUCAAACCAUCUUUAGUUGUUUGGUAAAUUUUGGUCCUAUGAUUGCAGUUUCUCAAGGAGAAGAGUUUCGAGCAAGCUAUACCUCCAGUGAAGGUUGAAGAUGCCAAUAAGAUCACAAGCGAAAUAGCUACAAAUGCGUUAAGGAGAGGUGUCAAUUUCUUAUCGGCCUUGCAGGCAAGUGAUGGACACUGGCCUGCUGAAAAUGCUGGUCCUUUGUUCUUCCUUCCUCCAUUGGUAUUUUGCUUAUUCGUUACUGGACAUCUCCAUGAGAUACUCACUACAGAGCAUCGUCGUGAGAUCCUCCGAUAUAUCUACUGUCACCAGAACGAAGAUGGUGGCUGGGGAUUACACAUAGAAGGCCACAGCACGAUGUUCUGCACCACACUUAACUACUUAUGUAUGCGUAUACUUGGAGAAGGUCCUAAUGGAGGACCAGGAAACGCCUGCACACGUGCCAGGAAUUGGAUUCUUGGCCACGGUGGUGCAACUUACAUACCCUCUUGGGGUAAAACUUGGCUUUCGAUUCUUGGUGUCUUUGAUUGGUCAGGAAGCAACCCCAUGCCUCCAGAGUUUUGGAUCCUACCUUCAUUUCUUCCUAUACAUCCAUCAAAAAUGUGGUGUUACUGCCGGUUGGUUUACAUGCCAAUGUCUUAUCUUUACGGGAAGAGAUUUGUUGGUCCAAUAAGUCCUCUUAUUCUGCAACUACGCGAAGAAAUUUACUUGCAGCCUUAUGCCAAAAUAAACUGGAAUAGAGCACGCCAUCUAUGUGCAAAGGAAGAUGCAUACUGUCCUCAUCCAAAAAUUCAAGAUGUUAUAUGGGACUGCCUUUACAUCUUCACUGAGCCGUUUCUUACAUGUUGGCCAUUUAACAAGCUUCUAAGGGAAAAAGCUCUUGGGGUGGCAAUGAAACACAUACAUUAUGAAGACGAAAAUAGCCGUUAUAUUACCAUUGGAUGUGUUGAAAAGGCAUUGUGCAUGCUUGCGUGUUGGGUUGAAGACCCUAACGGAAUUCAUUUCAAGAAGCAUCUUUUAAGGAUUUCUGAUUACUUGUGGAUUGCAGAAGACGGGAUGAAAAUGCAGAGCUUUGGAAGUCAAUUAUGGGAUUCGGGGUUUGCCCUCCAAGCGUUAGUUGCAAGUAAUCUCGCGAACGAAGUCCCAGAUGUACUGAGGAGAGGAUAUGACUUUUUAAAAAUUUCUCAGGUUAGAGAGAACCCUUCGGGUGAAUAUACGAACAUGUAUCGUCACAUCUCCAAAGGGUCGUGGACUUUCUCUGAUCGAGAUCAUGGAUGGCAAGCUUCCGACUGCACAGCGGAAGGGCUUAAGUGUUGCCUGUUGCUUUCGAUGAUGCCACCUGACAUAGUUGGCCCCAAAAUGGAUCCUGAACAGUUAUAUGAGUCUGUUGCUAUCUUACUGUCUUUACAGAGUAAAAAUGGAGGUGUAACUGCUUGGGAGCCUGCCCGUGGACAAGAAUGGUUGGAAUUGCUAAAUCCUACUGAAGUAUUUGCUGACAUUGUGAUUGAGCACGAGUACAAUGAGUGUACUUCCUCAGCAAUCCAAGCUUUGAUUCUGUUCAAGCAACUAUAUCCGUAUCACAGGACAGAAGAGAUCAACACUUUUAUCAAGAGAGCCGUGCAAUACAUAGAGAGCAUACAAAUGCUUGAUGGUUCAUGGUACGGAAGCUGGGGAGUUUGCUUCACAUACAGUACAUGGUUUGGUCUGGGAGGUCUUGCAGCUGCUGGAAAGACGUACAACAACUGUUUGGCUAUGCGUAAAGGCGUUCAUUUCCUUCUCACAACUCAAAAAGAUAAUGGAGGUUGGGGUGAAAGCUACUUGUCAUGUCCUAAAAAGAGAUACAUUCCAAGUGAAGGGGAGAGAUCAAACUUGGUGCAAACCUCUUGGGCAAUGAUGGGUCUACUUCAUGCUGGACAGGCUGAGAGAGAUCCGGCUCCUCUUCACCGUGCUGCGAAGCUCUUAAUCAACUCCCAACUGGAGAAUGGCGAUUUUCCUCAGCAGGAGAUAACUGGAGCUUUCAUGAAGAACUGCUUGUUACACUACGCAGCAUACAGAAACAUAUUCCCAGUUUGGGCACUCGCAGAGUACAGGAGACGAGUCCCAUUGGCAUAUGAAAAACCUUCAACAGAGAGAAGAAGUUAGAUCCAUCAUAACUUCAUUGACUAUGGGUUAGGAUCAUAUAAGUCAUGACCUCUGUUUUGCAAUAAAGUUAUUAUUUAUAUGAAGGUGGUUGAGUAAUCUACUGAAUAAGCAAACUAUUGAUCCACACUUAUAUGUAUUAUAUUUUUGUAUUGUAUUAUGACUAAUGUAUGUUCUCAAGUUAUCUAAAUGUAUUAUAAUUAUAUGUA